AUGUAUAUUAAGGAUGAAGAGGGCAAAAUCCAUAACUUUGGCGUUCUCUCAAUUUUCAACGAGGAAUGUUACAAGGCAGACGGAAAGGCAUUUACCAAGCUCCUUCAGCAUCUCCGUGACAACGACAAAAACCGCACUGUUAUCAUGGUCCAAGUUGAGAACGAAGUUGGCCUCCAGCUCGACUCACGAGAUCGCAGUGCUGCGGCAAAUAAGCUAUUCGACUUGCCAGUCCCAGCUGAGCUUGUUAGCUUCCUUCAGCAGGAUUGGGAUAGCCUUCACAUCGAUACGAGGAAGAAAUUGGCUAACUUUAAUAUAAUUCCGGACGGUUCCAAGGACAAGACAAGAAACUGGGAGGAGCAAUUUGGUCAAAGCAUCUGGACUGACGAGUUGUUUAUGGCAUAUUACUAUGCCCGAUAUGUCGAGCACGUCGCUUCUACGGGUCGAAAGCAGUACAAUAUCCCGCUAUUCACUAAUGCCUGGCUGCCUCGACCCGGUGUAGCCGGCGUUGCCUCUGGCGGCGGCAAGCCAGGCGAAUAUCCCUCGGGCGGUCCUGUGAGCACGGUUCUCGAUGUCUGGCAGAAAUUCGCACCAAGUAUGGAUUUCUUUUCGCCUGAUAUCUAUCAUGCUCCUUACUCUGAGGUCUGUGGGAUCUACAGUCAUCGAGGUCAACCCCUGUUUAUCCCUGAACAACGAAGGGAUGAAGUUGGCGCCAGGAGCAUUUGGAUUUCGAUUGGAACCUACAAAGCCCUUGGUACCAGCCCAUUCGGAAUUGACACGCAAAAGGCUAAUGUGUCACCCUUUACGGAUAUGUAUAAGCUUCUGGGCUCAGUUGCGAACCAUAUUCUCAAGGCGCGGAGAGAGAACAGGACCAUUGUUGGCUUUGCAUUUGAAGAUCCCCCAACUGAGGGCUAUCCCGACCCGACUCCGCCCAUAAUAGUAUGCUUGCAAAAUUACGUGCUCACAAUAGGUAGAGCAUUCGUGUUUGGCAAACAAUCUGCGGGUUAUGGAAUGGUGAUGGAGCUGGAGCCUUCAAAGUUCCUUUUGAUUGGCAAGGGUUUCCAGGUGGAAUGGAAACAUAAGUCUGCAGAUCUCCCCUACACGGAGAUCUUGAGGUUCGAGGAGAAAAGCGUUGAUAAGGAGACUGGGGAACUGAGGACAGAAAGAACCUUGAAUGGCGAUGAGUCGAACAGCGGGCAACGAGCGAACAUGCCCAGCGAUGACCCUGACUAUGGAGAGGAAAUCGUUCCCGUGCAUAUUCUGGCUCGUACUGCUGUUGCUGAACUGGAGCUAUUUUCUCUGGGGAACGAAGAGAUCUAG